ACACAGUCCCCCUUUUCCCUGCAGAGAAACAGCGACCCCCUUGAGCCACGGACUACAGACAUCUGGCUCAAGGCCCAACAGCAACGCGCGCGAGGGACCGCGCCGCCCCCAGGGCUCUUCCGUAGGUUGCUCAGCGCAGCGCACCGGCAGCGCCCAUGGAAUACGUGGGGGCGCAGGAGAGGACGGAGGCCGAGACGCUGCUGGAUGCCGACCCCUCCGAGAAGUCGCCCGCGGCCCCGGAGCCUUCGCCAGGAGGCCGCGAGUGCUUCGACGGCGGCGCGCAGGCGGCUUCGGGCAGGCCGCUGCGGAUCGCCUGCGCCGUGUUGGUCGUGGCCGCCGCCGCCGCCGCGGCGGUGGCCUUCGGCGUGGCCGCGGGGACCAGGCACACGCGCCGCCAGCGGAUCCCGGAGGGGGCGGUCCGCGCCUUGCCAGUUCUUCGGGUCCUCCAGGACGGCGAUCCUUGCAGGACGCUGUUGUCGCUGGACAGGCAGAGGACCAGCCAGGGCCCCGGCGGCUUCCUUGGCAUGAUCCAGGGGGUGCUGGGCCGCCUGUUCGGGGACUCGCAGGACACGGAGUGCACGUCCGAGGGCCUGGACGGCGGCUCAGACUGCUCCGCCUGGGGCCAGAACUGCGUGAGCGCGGGAUGCUGCAAGGACGAGGGGUACCAGUGCUACCGGAAGAACCUCACAUACGGCAAGUGCCUGCCCAGCUGCUCACCCGACGCCCCCAGCUUCUUCGAGGACGUGCCAGACAAAUGGACGUGCGGGGAAGUGGGCGUGCGCACGGCCGGCAAGGCCAAGGUGCGCGUCGCCAGCGCGCCGAGAUGGGUGCCCAUGACGUGCGCCAAAGCCGAUUUCGACUGCUCCGCGUCCAAGUGCUGCUCGGAGCCAGGCCAGCAGUGCUACGAGCAAGCGGGUGGCGAGGGGCGCUGUCGUUUCGACUGCGAGGCGGGCCCCAUCGAGGUCGAGGGGCGGACGCGUGACUGGACCUGCAGCGUCCUUGGGCCAGGGCCUCCGAAGGAGGCCGUCACGGACGGCAUUGUGAGCAGCGGGGGCGGCAAGAACCCCGUGGCUUGCUCCAAGGACGGCGAGGACUGCGGAAGGAGCACCUGCUGCCAGGAGCCAGGCACGAUGUGCUACGUGAAGAACUCGUCGUUCGCGCGGUGCAUGGCGAGCUGCCCCCCGCCGCCGGACUUCAGCCAAAACUCCUCCGUGGCCGACACCUGGGACUGCGCGCCCAUCGGCCCGCGGACCAAGGGCGAGGCAGUUGUCAAGCCAGCCAAGGACGACUUGACGUGGGACGAGUUGCCAAGUUGGGUGUUUACCCGGUGCUCCGGCACGGCCGAGAACUGCGCCAGUAGCCAGUGUUGCAAGGAUCCCGACAUGCAGUGCUACGAGCAGGAGCCUGGCUCGGCGUUUUGCAAGCCGCUGUGCCUGAAGGGCAUGGUGGAGGGCGGCAAGCCGUGGGGGUGCAAGGAGAUCGGAACCCGCACUCCCAAGAGGUGCCCAAAGUGCGCCGCGAAGAAGAGCGCGCCGCCCACCGUGGUGAUCCCCUUCUUCGAGCGCGACCUGUGCAAGUUGAAGUACACGGCGAAGUCCAUCUCGGUGAACGACCCGCACAAGUUCCUUGGCGAUGUCGUGCUGAUGUGGGUCUCCAAGAGGCAUACCUGGGAGUUCCAGGGCCAGAUCGACGAAAUCCUCAACAGCCUGAAGGAAACGCGCGAGGCUCGCAUCGAGGACUUCACAGACAAGAUGUCCCAGGCGGGCUUGCCAGGCUGGCACUCGCAGCAGAUCGUCAAGCUUAAGGCGGCGUCCGUGGUCGAUUCCGAUUACUACAUCGUCUUAGACUCCAAGAACACGAUCAUACACCCGCUGGAGAAGGACCCGUUCUUCACACCCUGCGGCCAGGCGAUCAUCCAGGCGGAGUGGUCCUCGUCGGCAAUCGUCGAGCCGCACAUCGACUGGUACGACAGGUCGGCCAGGGCCCUGGGCGUGAAGUCCCCGAGGGACGCUGGCGCGUGGGACGACGCGCUGCUGUGGCCGGCCUCGAUCACGCCCAUGGUCAUGCACAAGCAGAGCGUGCUGGACAUGCUGAGCAAGUUGGGCGAGGGGUCGGACCUGGGGAGGCUCUGCGACGGCAACCUCUGCGGCCUCAUCGGCGCCUACGCGGGCCACGGCCACGGGGCCACGGAGUUCACCCUGUACACGCUGUACGUGUACGACAUGAUCGAGAGCGGCCAGUUCGAAUGCAUCCACGCCGUCGAGCCCGUCCUGGGCUUCGAGAUGACGUACAGCGACAAGUGGUACAGCGAGCUCCAGGCGAAGAUCGUGAAGGCUGGACUCAAGGCGAAGCCGUCCCAGCUGGCGGUCUCCAACAAGGACGGGUGGCCCGUGCUCUGGUCCCCCGACGACGACGACAGCUCGAUCCCCGAUGAGGAUCAGUGGCCGCUGACGUUCACGGACGUCACCCGCAAGUGGUCCGCCGCGAUCUGGCGCGGGGAGGCGGCGGACAAGUACCGGCUGGUCAAGGAGAACCUCCGCACGCUGUCCCUGAUCCAGCAGAACGGUACCAAGAUGUUCCCGCUGAUGUUCGGAGCACAGCCCGCGUCCUUGGCGGUGAUGAACGAGGAGGAGAAGGACGAGGCCAUCCGGGACAUCAUCGCGCUCUACGCCGAUGCGGACCUGCUGGACGACGCGGAGCAGGACAUCAUCGGCUGUGUCGUGGGCUACGUCAACUGACCGCGCGCGCAGCCGCGGGUGCCGCCACCCCCCCGGGGCCGCCCCCCCCCCCCGGCGGCGGCACAGGCGCGCAGGGCCUCGGCGCGGCGCCGGCCUCCCGAGACGGCCCUCGCCGCCGCCGCCGUGGGCCCCGAAGAAGAGCAAGCUGCAUAGACACUACACUCGGGAGCUCCGCGCGGGUUUUUUCAUUGCGCUCUCUUCCCAGCGCCGCGGCGUGCCGCUGUCUGGCCGCCCAGCAGUGCACUGCGCGGGGACAAGACCGUCAACAGUUCAUGUGUUGAUGCAGUUUUGUUUCCUCCGCUUCUGGCUUGCGAGUGCCGCUGUUUCUGCUGCGCCGCGCCCACUUCAGAUAUACUGUCUGCGCCUCCCCGACCAAGAGGGUGCGAGGUGCUGUAGCGAGACUCGUCCAUGCUCGUCCUCCUCGUUCUCCUUGGCGAUGGCGUCGUCCUCGCCCUAUCGGCCACCCCUCCUCCCCCGAGCUCCGAGACUCUGGCAGGCUCGCUCGCAUCGAGCGAGGAUGGCCGCACUCAGCCGCGGGCGCCGCCCGUCCGGCGCUGCUCCGUAUUCGACUGCAUGUGCUCGCGGUGCCCCCGCCUGCCCCCGCGCCAACGAUGCGCGUUUUUCUUACACUUAGCAUGUCUGCGAAUGCAGACGUCUUGCAUGCAGAUUGGCGCUCUGGCCAGCGCUAUCGGCUCCGCUUUGACUGCCAGUGCGGCUAGAGGCAGCACGGAGACGGAUUCGGACCCGUUGCGCACCCACAGGUGCUAGCAGCGAAUAUCCUCCUUCAUAGAGUUAGCCCGGCUGUUCUGUCAACGGCGCCCGCAUGCUGCUGGUAACUAUUGCAGUGGCAGUCGACAUUGAGCCCGGCGUCUCACCUGCUUGUUCAUGUUCCAGUCCAGCCAAUUAGCUCUAUGGGCGCAUCGUGCCCCAUUUCUUCCGCGCCAGCAAAUCGUGCGCUGGAUCGGAAAAAAAAUAUUCGGCAACGACGCUACAGCUACCGGCGCUUUGACCACCCAGUUCGACCAAGCCAUGGGUGGAACCGCCUGUCGACCUACAGUGGGGCAGAACGCUUGCUGACGGGAUUGGCGCAUGUAUUGCUACGAUCCACUACAGCGUUUUGAACAUGCUCCCGAAGAUCCCGUUCUCCAAAAACGCAGAGAUCAGGAUCACCGAGAGCACCAAGGACUACGCCGCUGAGAAAGCCGAGCGAGUAGUUACUCCAACUAGAUCACAU